GAAUAUAUGAUUGUCUCUACUUCAUCAGAAAAACCUCUUACGAUUCUACAUUUAUUCCACAACCAUCAUAUAUCAUCUGCGCUAAAUCUGUGGAUUCAGCUCACAGGCUUUCCGAAUUGAUUAGAAUAUUUGAGAAUUCAGAGUAUUCCAGUGAUUUAUCCCAAGAAGAGAGAAAAAAUAUUUUAAACAAAUUCAAGCAUGGCGAAAUUCAAUUACUAAUCUGCUCUGAUUUGAUCGCUCGUGGAAUAGAUAUUGAUCAUGUAGACACAGUAAUAAAUUAUGAUGUUCCUAUAUAUAUGAAAAAAUAUGUUCAUUGUGUCGGAAGAACUGCUAGAGCCAGAC